CAAUGCAAUCACUGCAGCACCAGGUUUUAGGGUUUAGGGUUUAGGUUUGAAUAUUACAGUAGUGCCAGUGCAGUUCAGGAAGAUCGUUUCGUCCAUUUUGUUUCAUUCUGUGGGCGAUUUGGGAUUAGAUUCUGCGGGCACAAGGAAGAAUUCUGCAGCGGUGUUUAUAUUCACUUGCGGGUAGCACAAGACACCUUGGUGCAUAGUUCUCUAACCUGCAUAUUCCGGCUUGUCUUUGAUUUUGAGGUGCAGAGUUAAAACAGGCCUGGUUGUUGUGCAGUCUCCGUCUGAUGGUGUUGCUCGCAUGAUCAGCUCUUCUACAUGUGAGUGUGGGUGACUUUCUUUGUGGAAACAUUGAUUGUGGUUAUUAGGAGAUGGGUAUCGUUGUGGUGUGCAGAGGGGAACCUGCUUCAUUUUUGGGAACCAAGAUACUAGCAACUAAUUCGCGAGCAGUGAAUUAAGUUGGCCACGAUCAUGCGUCACCCUCCUCAUCCUUGAUAACAGAGGGUGGUCUCAUGCGAUGCAAUGUUUGAUCUUCUUCGGGUGUUCUCGUGUGGGGCUAGGUUUUUUCAAUGGGGUAGGUCGAUGCCGUUGUAGAGCCCUCCGUGCUUAUCUCUGGUGCUGUUAGGAUGCUGACAUUCCCAUUUUGCACGCAGAACCUCGCAAAGAGCUGGCACAGUUUUUCUAUCAUCAUGGUUGACUACUACGUUCUGUCAUUAGCUUCGAUCGAUAGGUUGAAUGGUUUGGUAGGUGGUGUUUGGCUGGAGUUAAACAAAUCCCUCUGCAAGCACUUGAGUCAGGAGCUGCAAGAACAUAAAAAAUUCUUGACGAGGAACUCGGUCAAGCUCCGUUUCCGCCGUGAUGGGAGCUCCAAGCAGCGCGUGGCAAUGCGUAAGCUGUAUGCCGUAAUUAAGCAAGCCGAAAUCUUGGUACAGCAGUGCUGCGGAAGGGACAAAUCGGUUGAUCCGACAUGGCCACACUGGCUGAAGAGAGCACUCACUGUACGAGAAAUCAAAGAAGAUGUGUUUGAUAUCAUUCUUCACCUUCGGUGGUGGACAGCGAUCCUGGAAAUCAUAAUUAUUUCAAGCACGGAUAAAUCUCUUCCUCGAAUGGGGAACGAGAUCGGGUCGCAGAGCGGAUCUUACAGUGAAGAGGAAAGCUUCAUACUAGGAGCUUUGAAGUUUGCUGAUGAAAAGUUUGAGAGAGAUCGGGGUUUGAUCAAAAAAGACCUCAAAGAUGGAGCUAAAAAGGACAGGGACCAUCUAAUUAUAAAGCUAAAAGAUUUUCGAGAAUCAUUUUCUAGUGAACCUGAAACACAUGGCCGCAACUUGUACCUAAUCUCAGCGCAGCUACUCUAUCUUCUGUCGGACAUAGAAGCCCAGACUCAGACGGUCGAUCGCGACUCAGAUUUGAACAGGUUCAAGAUCCUGAGAAACGUAGGACACGGUGGAUCUGGAGUUGUAAGCGAAGUAGAAUGGUGCGAAUAUGUAUGUGCUCUGAAACAAUUCCCGGCGGCGACGUCAACUGCUGACCGACGCGAAUCUGAGAGCUUGAGAAGAUUCCACCAUCCUCACAUCGUGAAAUUUUUUCAUGAUUGGGAAGAGUUCCAACAUUCUUAUAUUCUUAUGGAGGCAAUGCCCACAGAUCUUGAGAAGCACAUGGCAAAUAUGAAGAGCAGGAAGUCUGGUCCAAAGAGGAAACAUUUGAACUCGUUAGAAUCGCCGUUCUCCGUGCCUGUGGCGAUUGAUAUCAUGUUGCAGUUGGUGCGCGGUCUUUGUCACAUGCACGAGCAAGACGUCAUUCACAGAGAUAUUAAAUUGAGAAAUGUGCUUGUGAGACAAGUGCGAGAAGAUGAGGUUUCAGAGCUCGCUUCUCUGGGUUAUUUGCAUGUGAAAUUAGGAGACUUCGGUCUUGUGAGAGAGGAAAUCAAAUCAUCUUAUGAAGGGAAGAUUUCAUUAAAGGCUGGGACAUCCCAUUACCGCGCGCCAGAGUUGUCCGAUGAGGAAUACGUCAAUGGGCCGAAGAAAUAUCCCAAAAAAGCCGACGUGUGGAGCUUCAGCAUCAUGGCAGCAGAAGUUCUGCGUGGGGAAGAGGCUUUCCCUGGAAUUGCAUCACUAGGUGGCCUUGUGGGACAACUGGAAGCAGGUCUGAGACCUAUUUUACCAGUUGACUGUCCAGGUUAUUUGAAGUCGUGUUUGGAGAAGUGCUGGAGGUUCGAUUAUAAAGAUCGACCGAGAUUCUCAGAAGUAUGGAAGAUGCUGAGACUUGCAGAGUUGCAAAGCCUGGGCAUCGUGGACUCCAUUCCGAUGGAAGAUCCACAACCACCGGAGAGGAUCCCAUCAAAUGGAUCACCAGGAUUUUCUAUUCAACCAGGGGAUGUUCGUCAAGAAAUAGCGAAACAAUCGAUGGAGUGGACCAAGUUAUUGAGAUACGUAUUGAAGCUAUUGAAGCUCAAAUUCAGAUUUGCGAAGGAGGAAGUCCCAGAAGGCUUGAUUUGUACAUCCCUAAGGCAAUUAGUUGUAGAGCGCCGUGUUGCUGCUGCUGCAUUCGAGACAAGAAAUUGCUCAGAACAUGACCAGUCCCGCCAGAAAAGGGGGCUGCGGAUAUGUCAUGACGCAACCCCUAAUCUUGCAAAGCAAGGCGCGGGUCCAUCUUGCGCAACCAGGCGUCUUAUGCGGAAAAAGUUGCACGGGUCGAGCAUCACCGCCCUGCAAAGUGCCGGGUCGACUUUGUCAUUGGAGAACUCUCCAGGUCUUUGGCGAAGCUCUGCAUUUGCCUUUGACGUGGAUUUGUGA